AAGAAAUAGGGGGACGGAUUUUGCAACCGUUUCCCUUCCGGCUGCAGCUUGUAUUGGAGUGGAGUGGAACGGCUACCGUGAUCAUUCAAGGUGAAAGUGGAGUAGUGUUUCACAAUGCUGUCUCUCAGACUGGUGCGACCCGCAACCACGUUACAGAUGAGAAGUUGUUGGUACUGUACCUCAGCCACACCAAAGAGAGCUGUUAUUGCAGCUAAACAUCCCUUCAAGGAGGAUCUCCAAGCAAAUAAAUUCUACGCUUGGUGUGCCUGUGGACACAGUCAUAAACAGCCAUUCUGUGAUGGAAGCCACAGGUCCAUCCCUUCGGCUCCAACCCCCUUGCGGUUUCGACUGCAGGAAGGGAAGACGGUCUUUUUGUGUGGCUGCAAGCAGACCAGGGGGCCUCCGUACUGUGACGGUACCCACAAAGAGGACUGGCUCCAACGCGCUGCUCUUGGUACAGUGCCUUCGGUGGAAUAAGGCCACAGCGCCAACUGCAGCACAUUUACAAACACUACUGAACGCCAUUGUUCACCGGAUGAAAGGGAUUUAGCUCAGGGGCAGGCUUCAGUUUUUUCAGGGAUUUCUGCUGACAUGUCUAACAGCAGUUUGUUCGGGUAGUUUUGUUUAUGGAAUUGGGUUUUACAGAUGUUAUGAUUGCAUAUUCUAAGUCUGUAAGAGUGAUGUGAUUCACAAUUAUACUCAACAAGCAGGCAAUCACUGCAGAAGAUUUUCAAUGUAAUAAUUUAAUUCAUGUAAAGUUAAUAUCUUGCUAGUGUAUAUAUUGAAUUGGAAAGUU